AUGAAAUAUAGAACCCCUGUUGGUGAUAUUUCAUAUGAAAAUUAAAAAAGAGGAUUUAACUUGUUUGAGAAAAAACUUAGAAUAGUGCUAUGGGUGGUGAUAUCUAUUUUAGUAUUGAUUUACAUCGCAAAUGCUUGGUAAAUGUCUGUAUCCUGCAACGAAAAUUUUGAUACAGCAGUAAAAUAUGGUGAUUGUCUUGUGAUUUUCAUGGUCAAUCCAGUCAUUUCUUAUCUAUUUAUUAAGAAUGCGAAGAGAUAUAGAAGUGAUGCUUGGGAAUCUCUCAGAUCAUAUGUAAUAAAUUUCAAAUCAAAAGUCGAUAAACAAUUAAAAAAUAGACUCUAUCAGUUAUGA